GAGAAAAUAGACCACUCCAUCUGUCUUGAAAUUGAUUCCGGAGCCCAUGUGGUCACAUGAUGAAGGAAUGCCUUAAAAACCCCCAAUCCACCCACCCCAAACCUCCAGUCAUCUCUGGUUUAGGCCAUGCUGGCUGGUCCGGGAAGCUCAAAGGGUGUCAUGAUGUCAAACUCUGAGCAGAUUGUGGAGGACUAUGAGGAGGUAAAAGAGGUGAACGAAGAGGAAGAAAAGAAGGAAGAAAACGACCAUGAAGAAGGCUCUAAACCCAGACACAAGACGACUUAUGUGCCAAACAUUGCUCCUCCAAAGCUGCCCGAGGGUGAGAAAGUUGAUUUUGAUGACCUCCACCGGAAGAGGCUAGAGAAGGAUUUCAACGACCUCCAGGCUCUGAUCGAGCUGCAUUUUUCUACCCGUCAGAAGGAGGAGGAGGAACUGAUGGCACUGCGCAGCCGCAUCGAACGGCGGCGCUCCGACAAGGCGGAGCAGCAGCGUUUUCGGGCAGAGCAGGAGCGCGAACGCCAAUCACGGCUGGCUGAAGAGAGAUCAAGGCGAGAGGAGGAGGUGGCCAGACUGCGUGCCGAGGAGGAGGCCAAGAAGAAGAAGAUAUUCUCCAACAAGUCGUUUGGGGGCUACCUGCAGAAGGCUGACCAGAAAAAGGGCAAGAAGCUGACCGCUCGCGAGGAGAAGAAGAAGGUCUUGAUGGAGCGCAGGAAACUGCUUAGUAUCGACCACCUGAACCAUGAGAAACUGGUGGAGAAGGCUCAGGAUCUCUGGCAAUGGCUCCAUCAGCUGCACGCUGAGAAGUUUGAGAUGGCAGAAAAGCUCAAAAAGCAGAAGUAUGAGAUCCAAGUGCUCCGAAACAGAGUCAGUGAUCACCAGAGGGGUUCCAAAAUGUCCAAGACCUCCCGUGGGGCCAAGGGCAAGUCUGGCUCCUGGAAAUGA